AUGCCUUUUUGUCGAGUAUUGAAAUUGUUAAAAAGUGAAGCAACGCUUACAAAGAACACUGGGGACAAAACUGCACCCAAGACCCUAGCUUCUGAUGAAGAUGAAGGUGAAGAUCAAAUUCACAAGAGAGACCAUCAUAGCAAGGAGGAAAUCAACAUCAUUCUUUUUCUCCUCAUCAUGGAACACAACAAAGCCUACCAGCCUCAAGGCCAGCAGCAGAAAAACCCUCUUCACAGAGCCAGCAAGAGUCACCUCAGUGAGAAGGCAGUGUCCAAAAAGUGGCACGUUGAAAAUUUCCCAUGGCACACACUUGGGAGUAACUCCAGAGCCUCUUCCAAGAUGCUGGUGGUCCUGCUCACAGCAGCCUUAUUGGCCCUGAGCUCUGUUCAGCGCUCAAAUGCAGCAAUCAUCUAUGGAAACCCUUCUUCUCAGCUCCUAGAGGGAGAACAGCAAAACCAAGGUCAUGGUCAACAGCAUCAGAGACCCCCUCCUGGAGGAUUCCCCCCAGGACCUUCUGCCUCUGAGGAAGAUGAUGGUGAUAAUGAUGAUGACAGUGAAGAAGAUGGAAAUGCACCAGAGAGACCACCACAGCAAGGAGACAAUAACCAGCAACCUCACCCUCCUAGACCUGGAAACCACCAUGGCCCACCCCAGCAGGGAGGCCAGCAGCAGAAUAAACCUCCUAGACCUGGAAACCAGCAAGGCCCACCCCAGCAGGGAGGACAGCAGCAGAAUAAACCUCCUAGACCUGGAAACCAGCAAGGCCCACCCCAGCAGGGAGGACAGCAACAGAAUAAACCUCCUAGACCUGGAAAUGAGCAAGCACCACCCCAGCAGGGAGGACAGCAGCAGAAUAAACCUCCCAGACCUGGAAAUGAGCAAGCACCACCCCAGCAGGAAAGUGAGGAACAGCAAAGUUACCUGUAG